GAGGCCAGAGAGCUCGCGGAUGCUUAUUCUCUUUCCAAUAUAGUUCCACACAUUGCUGGGGAAAUAGUACUACCGCCCACCCUACGUUGAAAAAUCAAAUCCUGAGGCUAUAUCAUAUACACUUUUGUGAAUAUUCUUAUUUGUUUGAUAGCGUACGCGUACACACCCAUAUCUACAUUCUAUCUUUCUAACUAUAUACCAUGCAAGCUCUAAUGGCAUUCCGCGCAAGAGCGCCCCUAAUCGCACGCACACAAGCGCGGAAUGCAAGCUCAGUAGCUAAACCCAUUUAUGCCCCGGAGUUUUCUGCCAUGUUGGGCAAAGAUGCCUCAACAAUGAACCAGGCGAGAGCCAAGGCCAUGGCUGAGAAUGCCAAGCACAACGCCGAGUCUAUCCAUCACGCCAGUGAAACCACUGACACAUGGAAGAAGAUCUCAUUAUUUGUUGCCAUUCCCGGGGUGUUCGCAAUUGCUUUCUACACCUUGUUUGUCAUGGACCAUCAACACUUUAAAAGCGAGGAUGACUUCGUUCAGUACGAUCACAUGAGAAAGCGCGUCAAGGCUUUCCCCUGGGGAACUGGAGAUGAUGCUCUAUUCAAAGGACCUAACAAUUACUAAGGAGUUCAAGGAGGUGCUUCAUUUCAGUGUACUCCAGACUAAUUGUGGUUUCAUGAUUAUGAGUUAGGAAGUGCUAUGCAGUCCUUCGUGUUCUGCACUGAGAGCCGUUGAAUAGGCGGUGAUGCGAAUUGUUGUUAACAAGUUUAGUACGAAAAAUAAAGAUUAUGGUCACGUACUAUUCUAUGUUAUGGGGUAUAAGUGUUUCUUUCGACAAGAUAGAGAACGGCUCCGCAUUG